AUGUGCUUAUUGCAGCUCUACAUCAUCACCACACCGGACGAAAUGGAUUUGUUCCAGGGUACCUACAAGCGGAGAUCCGUCGUCGUCGAAUUUAAAGCAAGCCCGGCAAUUUUCGCUGAAAUCGCAGAAAGAGCUGACGCAAAAAGCGCCGUCAAAAAAAAAAAAAAAGGAAAAAACGUCGUCCAACCCUACUCUACUGAAACAGAGUAUUCGAUAAAAGGAAUGACGAUAUAA